AUGAAUGGACGGUCUUUGAUUGGCGCCGCUGGUGACGCCCCUCCUGGUCCUCUUUGGAGGGACCCUUUUGGAAAAAAAGCUGGUGAGGCAGAACGCAGAGGCUUCCCCUGGCUAAGCUUGGCCCUGGCCCAUGGGCCACAAGAACAGGAGCCAGAGGAAGAGCUAUCCAUGGAGGACAGCCCCACUGUGGUUAAACUGGACCAGGGUGGAAAUCAGGGUCCACCAGUUCGCAAGAGAAGAUGCCUCCCCAAGGCACUUGGCUACAUAACUGGUGAUAUGAAAGAAUUUGCCAACUGGCUUAAAGACAAACCCCAGGCGCUCCAGUUCGUCGACUGGGUCCUUCGGGGCAUAUCCCAAGUGGUGUUUGUCAGCAACCCCAUCAGCGGAAUCCUGAUUCUGGUGGGACUCCUGGUCCAGAACCCCUGGUGGGCACUCAGUGGCUGUGUGGGAACUGUGGUCUCCACCCUGACAGCCCUGUUACUCGGUCAGGACAGGUCCGCCAUUGCAGCAGGCCUCCAGGGCUACAAUGCCACCUUGGUGGGAAUCCUCAUGGCUGUCUUUUCAGACAAGGGAAACUAUUUCUGGUGGCUAUUAUUCCCUGUAUCUGCUAUGUCCAUGACUUGUCCAAUUUUCUCAAGUGCGUUGAACUCCGUGUUCUGCAAAUGGGACCUCCCUGUCUUCACUCUGCCCUUCAACAUGGCAUUGUCAAUGUACCUUUCUGCCACGGGACAUUACAAUCCAUUUUUCCCAAGCAAAUUGUUCACACCUGUAACCUCAGUUCCCAAUGUCACCUGGUCUGACCUCAGUGCCCUGCAAUUACUGAAGUCCCUGCCUGUGGGUGUUGGUCAGAUAUAUGGCUGUGAUAAUCCGUGGACAGGGGGCAUCUUCCUAGCUGCCAUCUUCCUCUCCUCCCCACUCAUGUGCCUACAUGCUGCGAUCGGGUCGUUGCUGGGGAUGGCAGCAGGACUCAGUCUUUCAGCUCCAUUUGAGAACAUCUAUGUUGGACUCUGGGGUUUCAACAGCUCUCUAACCUGCAUUGCAAUUGGAGGAAUGUUCAUGGCCCUCACCUGGCAAGCCCACCUCCUGGCUCUUGCCUGCGCCCUGUUCACUGCCUACGUUGGAGCCAGCAUGUCCAACCUGAUGGCUGUGGUCGGAUUGCCAUCUUGUACCUGGCCCUUCUGUUUGGCGACACUACUGUUCCUUCUGCUGACCACGAAAAACCCCAACAUCUAUAAGAUGCCCCUCAGUAAAGUCACUUAUCCUGAAGAAAACCGCAUGUUCUACCUACAAGCCAAGAAAAGGAUGGUUGAAAGCCCUUUGUAA